AUGAAAAGGUUUAUCACCGAAUAUCAAGUGACUCCCGGUGAAUAUCCCUGGGUAGUGGCUAUAUUUAAAAAAGGCGAAUACUUGGCUGGCGGUUCUUUAAUUGCCCCUGGAGUGGUUCUCACAGCUGCCCAUCGUGUAAAAUUUGAACUGAAAGAUGAUAUUGUGGUAAGGGCUGGCGAAUGGGAUUUUAAUUCGAAUACAGAAGGGUUCCAGUUUGAGGAACGCCAAGUGGAGAAAAUAGUGUGGCACGAAAGAUUUGAUUUUCAAAGUGGUUCCAACAAUUUGGCGCUGCUCUUCCUAAAAUCAAAGUUCCAAUUGAAGGAGCAUAUUCGAACUAUCUGCUUGCCGACCCCAAAAACUUCGUUCGAAGGACAACGCUGCAUUGUAGCCGGUUGGGGAAAAACAAAUAUCACCGAUCCCGAAGAUUCUACCGUUCUGAAUAAGAUUACACUACCCAUAAUAAACCGAAAUAAAUGUGAGCAACAACUGAAGUUGACCAAGUUGGGCUGGAGCUAUCAACUUCCCCAGGGUAUGAUUUGUGCCGGAGGUGAGUUAAACCAGGAUGCCUGUAUCGGUGAUGGAGGAUCCCCGCUUUUCUGCUCCAUUGGAGAUCGCGAUAAGGAUAUCUACAUGCAGGUGGGCAUCGUGAACUGGGGCAUCUCCUGCGGAUUAGAAAAUGUCCCGGCAACCUAUACAGAUGUGGCCAUGUUUCGGGAGUGGAUUGAUGAGAACCUGCUGGACUUUAACUAUAAUUAA